AUGACGGUGCUCGGCCUCUGCAACCUCGCAGCGCCGGGCAUCUGGGGCGCCAUGAACUCCCUCGGCGCAGGCGGCAGCCAGUCGCCGCAGCUCGUCAACGCCGCCAACGCACUGACGUUCUGCCUCAUGGUUCUAUCGUGCUACUUCUCCAGCGUCCUGGUGCGAUACAUUGGCAUCAAGGGGGCUCUUGUCUUUGGAACCAUGGGCUACGCCCCCUACGCAGCCGGCCUCUACACAAACAACCGCUUCGGCACAACCUGGCUCGUCAUCCUCGGCGCCGCCCUCUGCGGCAUCUCCGCAGGCGUCUUCUGGGCCGCCGAGGCCGCCAUCGCCAUCGCCUACCCGGAGCCCUGGAACCGCGGCAAGGCCCUCGGCUACUGGCUGACGUUCCGCGUUAUGGGCCAGAUCAUUGGCGGCGCCGUCAACCUCAGCCUCAACAUUGACAGGAACGAGGCUGGCAAGGUCUCGUACACGGUGUACAUUGUCUUCAUUGCGAUUCAAGCCGCGGGAGCACUGGUGGCGCUGCUGCUGAAUCGGCCUAAGCAUGUGCAGAGGGAGGAUGGCAAGACGGUGAGGCUGACGAUUGUUGAGAAUCCGUGGUUUGAGAUCAAGGCUACUGCCAAGGCGUUUCUGAAUCCGAGGUUUCUCUUGAUUGUGCUUUGGAUUGGGCAGGCUGUCUUUUCGGAGGCGGUUUACUUUACUUAUCUCUCCCUUUGGUUUUCAGUCCGGGCUCGAGCUCUGGGGUCAUUCUUGGGGGGUAUUGUCGCCAUCAUUAUCGGAAACCUCACGGGUUGGUGGCUCGACCAAAACAAGAUCUCGCUCAAGGUGCGCGCGCGAUACACCUUCUGGUUCAUCGUCGUUACCCAAGGCGCCUGGUGGCUCUGGGCCACCAUCGUAUCAACUCGAUACCGCCAGACUCUCCCGACCUACGACUGGACGGACUCAGGCUUUGGAUCCGGCUUCGGAGUCUACAUCUUUCUCACCUUUGGCUUCCAGAUCAACUAUCUCUUCCUCUACUUUGUCGUCACGCACAUCGCAAAGGACCAAGGCGAAGUCAUCCGCUACGCCGCCCUCCUGCGCGGCACGGAAUCCGCCUGGCAGGCCGUCAGCUACGGCCUCACCUCGCUCACCGUCUUCGCCCAGGUCGGCGGCAUCUACAUGAACUUUGCGCUGUGGGCGAUUGCCAUUGCGCCGGCGUGGCUGGUGCUGAGGAACUUUGGCAGCGGCAAGGAAGAGGCGUCACAGUGGGAUCGCGAGUCGGGGACCUCCUCGGGGGAGGCGUCUGGGGUUGUCGUGGCGGAGGAGAAUCAUGUGCCGGCAAAGGUUCAUGAGACGUGA